AUGUAGAAUACUCAAUGUAGCUUGUAAUACAAGUUGUAUUACGAAGUUGUUUACACAGUACAUCUUAAUAUUUUACACGUGGUAUUUGACAAGCGCAUUAUGUUACACAACAGACUUAACUAUAUCAAAUCACUUACAAAUAAGACUUUUGUUUUGCGAUUAUAUACUUUCAUUCAAAACAUUUAUAUUUAAAAACGUACUUUGUGAUAGAACUACAACGUUUCUGCAUUCAAAUUAAAAAUAUUUUUUAAUCUUUAUUGAAGUUUUUAAACAGCAAAGUAAAUUAAAAGUAAUAUUUAAAGAUGUACUCCACUGUUCACACGGAAAAUUCGUCGCCGGUAAAGCUGAUUGUGCCCUCUCCAGAGCAGCUCAACAAAAAGGAUAUAUCAGAAUACAACGAUGUUGAGAAAAUGGUCAGUUCUAUCCCAUACAACGCUCUUGUUCCCGAGUUAGUUAAUGGACGGCUUUUUGCCAAAGUUAUGUGUCAUAAAAUAAAUAACUUAGAUCCAGAAAAUCAAAAACUUAAAAAUGAAUUAUUUACAGAGCUGCUAGGUACUUUUAAGAACAAUAUUAUUGAAACACCGUUUCGUUGCGAUUACGGAUCAAAUAUCCAUUUGGAAGAGGGAGUUUACAUGAAUUACAAUUGCGUUUUUUUAGAUGUAGGCGAAGUUAGAAUAGGAAAAAAUACUCUUCUAGCACCUGGAGUUCAAGUUUAUACUGCGGGGCACCCAAUAGAUCCUACCGAGAGACGAUCGAGUGAAUUUGGAAAGCCCAUUUCAAUUGGUCGUGAUUGCUGGAUUGGUGGUAAUGUAAUCAUUUGUCCCGGAAUAACUAUUGGUGAUGGUGUUACAGUUGGCGCUGGUAGCGUGGUUACUAAAAAUAUCGAAUCAUAUUGUGUGGUUGCUGGAGUGCCAGCUAGAGUAAUCAAAAGACUAACUCCACCAAAAGAGGAUAUAUGAUUUUUUAUUUAAUAUGUUUAAUCAGUCAUAAGAUAGAUAAGUUGCAAAGAAUGCAUAA